AUGACGAAGCCACUCGAAGAGCUGCUGAGCACCGAAGAUUUUGAGGAGGCAGCAAAGAACUGCCUUCCCGAAGCCAAUUGGGAUUACAUCUCCGGAGGCGAAAGUGACACGAUCCAGCGGAACCGCAGGGCGUUUGUUCCCUGGCUUUUCCGACCGCGGGUGCUGCGAGACGUGUCAGAUGUAGAUCUGCGCUGCGAGCUCUUCGGGGCCUGCUGUGGCACGCCCAUCUACCUGAGCUGCUUGGCCAAGGGCCGCCUGGUGGACAAGUCGGGCGAGGUGACCUUUAUCCGUGCGGCGGAAAAAGUGCAGAGUCGCUUCAUCGUUCCGACCAUCUCCAGUGUAGGGCUGGAAGAGGUGUGGAAGGCGGCCAGGCAUCCGCCGCCCUUCCAAGUCUACGUCUUGGCCCACGACGACGGCAGCAGUCGCCAGCAGCUGGACACAGCCCUGGCGCUCGGCGUCGGGGCUCUGGUGGUCACCGUGGACGCCAACGCGCCGCGGCACGGCGCGCUGCACCGCGCCACCGCGGGGGCCACGGGGGUCUUCCCGUCGCCCAGCUUCGACUGGACGAUGUUGGAGGAGUUGAGAAAGAGCUUUCCGGCAGACGUGCCAGUCUACCUGAAAGGUAUCCAGAGUGCGGAGGAUGCACUGCAGGCAGUGGCCAUAGGCGUCAAAGGCAUCGUGGUCUCCAACCACGGGGGCCGUGCCUGUGGCAAUGCCAUUGGUGCUUUGGAGGCUUUGGAGGAAGUGGCCACAGCCCUGAGAUCGGCGGGAUUUCUAGGUUACCAGGUUACCAUCAUGGUGAAGAGUGUGAAGUUUGCGCUUCUUGUGGCCCUUGGUGUGUGCAAGGGUGAAUCCGAUGUGAGCAAAGCUUUUGAAGACUUUGUCGCCAAGUUCCACAAGACUUACGCCAACGAUGAGGAGCGCCAGCAUCGCCAGGAGAUUUUCGCGGAGAAUCUGAAGUACAUUGAGAAGCACAACGCGGGAAAGCACAGCUACCAGUUGGGCGUCACUGAGUUUGCGGACAAGAAGCCACACGAGUUCCAUUUGGAUCACGUGGGCUGCAUGACCAAGAGCCAGAAGCCCUGGUCCUCCCUGCCCUACCUGGGCCGCGCUGAGUUCAAGGCCGGUGCCAAGCUGCCUUCCUCCAUUGAUUGGGUGUCGAAGGGCGCUGUGACCGAUCCCAAGAACCAGGGCAAAUGUGGUUCCUGCUGGUCCUUCAGCACCACCGGGGCUCUGGAGGGUGCCUGGCAGAUCGCCAGCGGCAAAUUGGUGUCGUUGAGUGAGCAGCAGCUGGUGGACUGCGCCAAGAACGGCAACAUGGGAUGCCAGGGCGGCUCCAUGGACCUGGCGUUCUCCUACCUCGAGAAGCACGACGUGUGCAGUGAGGACAGCUACCCGUACCUGGCCGCGCAGGGCACCUGCCACCAGACCAACUGCACCAAGGUGGUGCCUCAGGGAUCCAUCACGGGUUUCAAGGAUGUCUCCGCCAAGGACAUGGAUGCUUUGAUGCAGGCCGUGUCCCAGCAACCGGUGUCUGUGGCUAUUGAAGCUGACCAAAUGGCAUUCCAGCUCUACAAGGGUGGCAUCCUGACUCAGGAGUGCGGUACCAAGUUGGAUCACGGCGUGCUGGUGGUGGGCUACGGCACGGAGAAUGGAGUGGACUACUGGAAGGUGAAGAACAGCUGGGGCGCCGAGUGGGGCGAGAACGGCUACAUCCGUAUGAAGCGUGGUGUGCCGAAGGAUGGCGAAUGUGGCAUCAAGGACCAGCCAUCUUAUCCCAUCGUCAAGGCUUCUGCCUCUGAGCUGGUGGUGUAA